AUGCUUUCCAGAAAUUGUCUCCUUAGGACUGUGUUUGUAACACCUGCUCAUGUAAAAUGGGUAUUUCUUCUGCAGGAAGAUCAAGGGAUUUACCACAGCAAAGUCCGCGAUAUGAUCAGUGACAACCAGUACCGCCUCCUUGUCAACAUCAACGACCUGCGGAGGAAGAACGAGAAGAGAGCUAACCGGCUUUUGAGCAAUGCCUUUGAGGAGCUGAUCGCCUUCCAGCGUGCUCUGAAGGAUUUUGUUGCCUCUGUUGACGCCACCUAUGCCAAGCAAUAUGAGGACUUUUACAUUGGGCUCGAGGGCAGCUUUGGUUCCAAGCACGUGUCGCCCCGGACGCUGACUGCCUGUUUCCUUAGCUGUGUCGUCUGUGUGGAGGGCAUCGUGACUAAAUGUUCUCUGGUUCGUCCAAAGAUUGUCCGGAGUGUCCAUUAUUGCCCAGCUACUAAGAAAACUAUUGAGCGUCGCUAUACGGACAUGACAUCUCUAGAUGCUUUCCCGUCCAGCUCUGUGUACCCUACAAAGGAUGAAGAGAAUAACCCCUUGGAGACAGAGUUUGGCCUCUCAGUCUACAAGGAUCAUCAAACCAUCACCAUCCAGGAGAUGCCUGAGAAGGCACCAGCAGGGCAGCUGCCACGCUCGGUGGAUGUCAUUCUAGAUGACGACCUAGUGGACAAAGUGAAACCUGGGGACCGCAUCCAGGUGGUUGGGACAUACCGCUGCCUGCCAGGAAAGAAAGGGGGUUAUACUUCAGGGACAUUCAGGACUAUCCUCAUUGCCUGUCACGUGAAGCAGAUGAGCAAAGAUAUUCGGCCUCUCUACUCUGCUGCUGAUGUGGCCAAGAUCAAGAGAUUCAGCAAGAGUCGCUCCAAGGACAUCUUUGACCAGCUGGCGAGAUCUCUGGCUCCCAGUAUCCAUGGACAUGAAUACAUCAAGAAGGCCCUUCUCUGUAUGCUGCUUGGAGGGGUGGAGAAAGUCCUAGAGAAUGGGAGCCGCAUCCGAGGAGACAUCAACAUCUUGCUAAUAGGAGACCCUUCGGUUGCCAAAUCUCAGCUGCUGCGGUAUGUGCUCUCCACUGCACCCCGGGCCAUCCCCACCACCGGCAGGGGCUCCUCUGGUGUUGGUCUGACUGCUGCUGUCACCACAGACCAAGAAACUGGUGAACGGCGCCUGGAAGCAGGGGCCAUGGUGUUGGCUGACCGGGGGGUGGUGUGUAUCGACGAGUUCGACAAGAUGUCCGACAUCGACCGUACGGCCAUACACGAAGUGAUGGAGCAGGGCCGCGUCACCAUCGCCAAAGCCGGCAUCCACGCGCGGCUCAACUCCCGCUGCAGCGUCCUGGCUGCGGCUAAUCCGGUCUAUGGCCGGUAUGACCAGUACAAGACACCCAUGGAGAACAUUGGCCUGCAGGACUCCUUGCUCUCCCGCUUUGACCUGCUUUUCAUUGUCCUGGACCAGACGGACCCUGAGCAGGACAGGGAGAUCUCGGACCACGUCCUGCGAAUGCACCGCUACCGCAACCCCAACGAGCAGGAUGGGGAUGCCAUGCCCCUGGGCAGUGCCGUGGAGAUCCUGGCUACAGAGGACCCUGACUUCGCACAGGAGGAGGAACAGGAGCUCCAAGUGUAUGAGAAACAUGAUGACCUCCUGCACGGGCCCAACCGGCGGAAAGAGAAGAUCGUCAGCAUGGAGUUCAUGAGGAAAUACAUCCACGUAGCAAAGAUCAUUAAGCCUGUCUUGACCCAGGAGUCGGCAAACUACAUAGCUGAGGAAUACUCCCGCCUGCGCAGCCAGAACGAGAUGAACUCUGAUGUUGCCAGGACCUCCCCAGUCACAGCCCGUACCCUGGAGACGCUGAUCCGUCUCUCCACAGCCCAUGCGAAGGCCAGGAUGAACAAGACUGUUGAUCUUCAGGACGCAGAAGCAGCUGUGGAGCUGGUGCAGUUUGCCUACUUCAAAAAGGUGCUGGAGAAAGAGAAGAAGCGCAAAAAGCAGGCAGAGGACGACUCAGAGACUGAAGAGGAGGAGGAGGAUCAGCAGCCGAAGGAGGAGAGCAGGAAGAGAAGGAGGAAGAAGGCGCGCUCAGGGGACGAAGGAGACUCCUACGACCCUUACGACUUCAGUGAUGCGGAAGAGGAGAUGCCAGAGGUCCAGGCACAUACUCCCAAGACGCCUGAACCUUCAGCUGCUGGCGAAGCGAAGAAGUCAGAGCUGGCUGACCUGAGGUUGAAAGCAUUCAAGGCUGCCCUCCUGGAGGUCUUCAGAGCUUCCCAUGCCCAGUCUGUGGGCAUGAAGAGCAUGAUGGAGUCCAUCAACCAGGACAACCCUGAGCCCUUCUCACCAGCCGAAGUGAAGGCGGCGUUAGCCCACAUGCAAGAUGACAACCAGAUCAUGGUGUCUGAUGACAUUAUCUUUUUAAUCUAAGCCUCUAGGCAGAAGAGCCCAAAUUCUCAUGGACUUCUCUAUCUGGAGACUCUUUGUAUUUGCCUUCAACCCUCUCCUGAAUGCCUCGUCUAGCUGAGCUGGGCUUUGGGGAGCUUGAGUCUGUGCACUUUGCAGUCCUUCCUGUGCAUUGCUGGCACCAAAAAAGCCAGGAGCUCUGAAAGCUCUCUUAGUGUCACUGCCUCCAAACUGAAGGACUUUGGGAGAGGUUUAUUUCUGCAGGUAGCCAAAAAGAAAAAUUUCUUUGCUAAUUAUUGAUCUUAAUGCAUUGUUUUUAGCUUUGGUCUUGGUCACAUGCAAGCUCAAGAGUUCAGCCUGGUUUUACCUGAGGCCAUCUCAUUUUAAGGCAGGGCUCUUGUCUGCAGGCUGUUGCCCAAGUAAACCUAUGUGUUUGUGCUGUAUGGGGCCUUACCAGUCUGGAAGCAGUCUGUUUGCCUCCCACUCUUUUAUUGGUGUGUAAAACAUAGACUUCUUUUUCCUCGCUGUAACCAUGCACACGUUCACCAGCUGGUGGUAAUGGUUUCAGCCUUUGAAUAAAAAGACCUGGAUUUAGGAAUCCAGUAUUUAAUAGCAGUGGUGGUAAGAAGUAAUAUGGGGGCUCCACUCUUGGUAGUGAAGCUUUUUUUUCCCCCUUUAUUUUUUUUCUGGCCCCAAUUGCAUAGACUAGAUCUGCUUGUCUUGCAGGUAAAGAUGGUCAUCCCUAAUGCCUGUACUUUCUGAGCUGUGACAUCCAGUCUCUUUCAGCAUUGGUUUCCUAACUGGCUCAUAGAGAACAGUUUCUGGCGAUGCAGGACAAGUACAGUCCAGCCUUCUGUGCGCUGAUGGGUCGGCUUGAUUUCUAGAUUUUUGCAACCCUGCUGGGAAUACCAGCUCCGAGUGGGUGGGAGGGACCUAGGAGAGGCAGAAUAGGUCUGCAGUCUUUUAUGGCUGCAGGAAUUGCAAGAGAGGGCUUGCUUAGGUGUUUGUGGAUUUUUUUGCUGCUGUUUUUGUUGAGUUCCCUGAAUCUCUUCCUGGGUUCUCUAGUCUGAGAAUCUCUGCUGUAUGAAUAUAACAGGACUCAUCACAAAUGAGAAACCUUUUGUAGCAAAGGAAGGCCAAGCUUUGAAGAAGUACCCCUGGUCUGUGAAAGCUGGUGAGACUUGGGCUCUUAAAUCACCUGCGAGUCCUGGCUAAAUCACUGCACAAUUCCUUGGGUUAAUGUGGAAGGUAACCUCAAACUACCGAGACUAGAAAAGCUUUUCCUCACUUUUAGAGGAUAUGUUUAACCGUUUUACUUUUGGGGAAUGUGUAGGUGACCGAUUCUUGGAGAAAGACUGUUACUAGAAACUAGCAAACUCCCAUGGCCAGGGAUGGUUUUCAAAAAAAGCUGAAUGCACAGCUGCUCACAAUGCCAGAGCUGUUGAAGGGUUGGGAUUAUUUUUGUUGUUGUUGUUUUUUUUGCCCUGGGAAUUUAAAGGUAACCUUUGGAAAAGGCCCUGAGCAGCGCAGGCUGUUUGCUGUGGUCCUUGCCUGUCUCAUGGUGUCUGUAUAGCUCACCUGCCCUGUUCUCCUUGUGUAAGUAUCUGCCCCAGGCUUUUCUAUGUCAGUGAUGCCAUAAAUAUUUACUUGAAUAAUAAAACAUGUCUAGAUAUUAUCUCUCCCAUGA